AUGCUAUCUUUUAAAGAUUUGAUCAAGUCCACAACUUCCCAUCAUGAAGAAGUGAAGGAACAAGAAAGUAUUCGAAACCAUCACUAUAAUCAACAAACAAUUUUACCAUCACAAUCACAUCACCAAUCAAUAGUUCACCAUAAUGAUAGAAUAGAGAACAACAGCACCACUGGUUCACUUUAUCAAUCCCCGCCACCACCAUCACCAUUCGAAAGCUCAUCAAAUGGCUCCAACAGAAAUUUCAAUGAAAAGUUCAAUCUACCAAGUAUUGAUACUCUAUUGAAUUCCAAACCACCAACUUUCUCAUCACAUUUGUAUAACAACACAGUUUCUAAUAACAAUUUGGCAACUACCACUUCCACAACUAGAUCACCACAUCAUCAUCAACACUAUUCAAUACCCAACAAUAACGGCACUAUCCAACAACAGCAACACUAUCAAACAACUGAUAUCCAAAUGCAACGCUCUUAUUCAUCUUCUUCGGUACAACAACUCGGCACUUCAAACAAGUCUUAUAACCAUUAUCCACACUCUUCGAAUUCUUACAGUGAUGCAUCUCCUCCUACAAGCAGCAACUUUCUACAACAUACCCAAUAUAAUAGUAGCGUAACCCCAACGAUAUCUGCCACCACUGAGGGUUACUAUCAUUCUUCAAAGGGUUUUCCAAAUUCAUCUAAUAAUGCCGGUAGAAAUUCUGAAUUUGGGCAGGGUGUGUGUCCAUCACAUUCGAAUAAUGGUCAUAAUUAUACUGGUUGGCAAAGCACUUCCAAAGAAGUUUCUCCUCCUCCUAGAGUAGUUACAUCCUUAACAAACACAGCUUCCUAUCCUAAUCAUCCUCAUUACAAUACUAAUAGAGAAGCAAGACUAAAUAGUAGUUUACCCUCACAACAAUCCAUGUACACUACGGCUACUACAGCAACUAGUGAACCAACCCAGCAACACAAUACAGCAACACCUUACCACCACUCAACUAUUAGAGAUUCCAUUCCACAAUCAAACCAACAUGCUGACCACCAACAGAAACCAAGAUUUGAACAUAAUCUUUCAUUAAUACCUUCUUCCUCGCCACAUCAAUCAUUAAGAGGAUCAUCCACCAUACUUUCAACACUCAAUACUACAGCUCCCAACAGUACUCAAGCAAAUGCUUCCCAACAACAAUCAUCCCCCAUGAUGAAUGGAAACAUGGAUGAUGAAGAAGGUUUUGAUGAAGCUGGUGGUUCUGGAACCUAUCGUUUCAGAAAGGGAUGGACAAAGGAUGAACACAUUCGUUUCCUCAUAGGUGUACAUCUCUUUGGUCGAGGCAAUUGGAAGAAUAUUUCAAAAGUCAUUGCAGGUAAAUCUCCAAAACAAGUUCAAUCACAUGCUCAAAAGUAUUUCCUCAGACAGGAACAAACUUCCAAGACUAAACGUUCUAUUCACGAUUUCAAUCUUGAAGAUUUGAUAGAAUUGUUAAAAGACGCCACUUAUAGAAAUACCAUUCGAGAAGAUACCACACAGAAGGGAAGAGAUUUGGAAGAUUUAGUCAACCGAUUUGAAUCUUCUUAUUACAAAGACCAGACAAAGAAUAAUAGUAGUACCAGUAGCUCAGGAGGUGCUUCUGGAUCACCAUCAUCACCACAUUCACCUGUAACAAAUAGUCAAUUGGGACGUGUUGAUAACUCAACUGGUAAACAACUUGUACCAAAUUCCAGAAUCAACAAACCAAAAAACAAACCUUAUUAA